AUGCAUGAACAAUACGGACCCAUUGUCCGCAUCAACCCGCGUGAGAUUCAUGUCCUCGACCCCUCCUUCUACGACGAUAUCUAUGCCUCCGGUGGUAGAAAGCGUGAUAAAGACGCGCAAUUCCUAAAGGCAUAUUCCGUGCCGGACUCAAUGGUGGCCACUGUGGAACACGACCGUCACCGCUACCGUCGAAACAUCCUGAGCGGGUUCUUCUCCAAGAAGUCUGUCAAUGAGCUAUCUCCUGUUGUCGAACCAAAAGUGCUAAAGCUGAUGGAGCGUUUCGCGACCGCGUAUCAACAAGGGACAAUCGUGCACCUAGACGAUGCCUUUUCCGCACUCGCGUCGGAUGUGAUUACGCAAUAUUCUUUCGGAAAGAGCUGGGAUUUCCUUGAGGACAAACAUUUUCGAAGGGAUAUCCGCAGUGCUAUUACUGAGACGUCGAACGUCAUUCACGUCAACCGCUUCUUCCCACUCUAUCCACGGAUAAUGCGUAUGGUUCCUAAGUCAUGGAUUAUCAAGCUACAGCCAGGAAAAGUGAGCUUGUUCAAGUUUACGAAGUCAAUAUUCGAAUAUACUGCACGCAGUGCCAAUGGGAAAGGCGGAUCCAAGAAGGGAACCAUUUUCGAAAAGUUGACGGAUCCAACUCUCCCACCCGGAGAGAGGACAUUCGCCCGCGUACGACAAGAAACUGGAGUUAUUCUCCAGGCUGGUACCGAGUCUAUUAGUCGGGCAUUAACUGUAGCCGCCUUCCAUCUUGCUAACCAACCCUCGAUGCGGGAGAACCUGCGCGAGGAGUUACGCACAGCUUUGCCGACGCCUGACAGCACGGCGACUUGGGCCCAGCUAGAGCAACUGCCGUAUUUGACUGGUGUUGUGUGGGAGUGUCUCCGUCUCUCGUACGGCUUGGUCAUCCGUCUGCCUCGGUGCGCCCCUCACGAGGUGUUGAAAUAUAAGGACUAUGUUAUUCCUCCGGGGACUCCGAUGAGCAUGUCCUCAUACCUCGUCCACCACGACGAAACGAUCUUUCCCGACUCGUAUUCUUUCAAACCCGAGCGAUGGAUUGAAACCGAAGAUAAAUCAGACCCACUUACCAAGUACAUGGUUUCAUUUACUCGGGGCAGUAGAGCCUGUUUAGGCAUGAAUUUAUCGUAUCUUGUGCUAUAUAUGACCAUCGCGGCCUUCGUCCGUCGAUUCGACCUAGAACUCUACAAGACAACUAUUGAGGACCUGGAGAUUGUCCGCGAUUAUGGGCUGGGAGUUACCAGGAACGGGGACGUAGAGGUUUCUGCCACUGUGACGAAGAUCUUAAAGGAGUAG